AUGGGCCGUCCGCGUCGGGCUUCGAGCAAUCUCGGGGGUGACCCUCGUGGGGACACAGGUGCGCCAGCCCUUGCGACCAUGACCACGCGAUCUUCUUCUACGCAAGUCUCUGCAAACGGGAACGAUCUAAGGCCUCACUCGAAAAGACGGAAAGCCCGGUCAGCCUUUCGAAAAUGGAAGCACAUCUCCCUCAAGCACACCUGGGUCAACCCCCUCCUGAUCGUCCUUGCCAUCCUUGGUGCCUACUUUGUCAAUCCCGGAGAACAGAACCCUCUCCACAAAGCCAUUUUUCUCUCCUAUCCACUGGGCCCAGAUUAUCCAGGCGGCCCGAACAUGUACGGCAAAGGCAAAGGGGAUAUUGCAUUUGUUGCAUUUUACACCGUGGUCUUUAGUUUCACGAGAGAGUUUGUGAUGCAAAGACUUCUUCGACCAGCGGCAAUAAAAUGCGGGAUACUCAAGCGAGCGAAACAGUGGAGGUUUAUGGAGCAGACAUAUACUGCACUUUACUUCUCCGUGUUCGGACCCUUUGGGCUCUACGUUAUGUCAAAAGGCCCACUCUGGUAUUUCAACACUACCGCCAUGUUCGAAGGAUUUCCGCAUAGAAAGCACGAAGCCCUCUUCAAGGCCUAUUAUUUACUACAAGCGAGUUAUUGGGCGCAACAGGCCAUUGUGAUUCUCCUCCUGUUGGAAAAGCCUCGAAAGGAUUUCAAGGAACUCGUGCUACACCACGUGGUGACGCUGGCUCUUAUCGGACUGAGUUAUCGCUUUCACUUUGCGCGCAUGGGCAUUGCAGUAUAUAUCACACAUGACAUCAGUGAUUUCUUCCUAGCAACUUCGAAGACUCUCAAUUACGUCGACGCCUACAUAACUGGACCCUAUUUCGGUGUCUUCGUUUGUGUAUGGAUAUACCUUCGACAUUACAUCAAUCUUCGCAUCCUGUGGGCGACCCUGACCGAGUUCCGGACCGUGGGACCGUUCGAGCUGAACUGGGAGACUCAACAAUACAAAUGUUGGAUCAGCCAAUAUAUCACGUUUGCCCUUCUAGCAUUGUUACAAGCGGUGAACCUUUUCUGGUUUUUCCUCAUCCUCAGAAUCGCCAAAAAUUAUGCUUUUAACCAUGUGGCGCAAGACGAACGCAGUGAGGAUGAGGACGAUGAGGAAGACGAGACGCCCGAGGCUCAACCAAGUGGAAAAGCACUUCCGGAUAAGAAGACAAACGGUGCCCAACCUGUCGUUCUGGUCAACGGGGAGCCUUUUGAAGCUCAGUUGAAAACACCAGCGGUACGGGAACGGAAGAGAAAAGGCUGA